CCCAUAAUGCUCUGCGUAAAACGCACAUGAUCCUCCAUAUUUGUUGUUUAUUAUCGCUCCGUGUUCGGCCAACAUUUUAUGACCUGCGAUCAACACAUGGGCAUUCCGUAUAAAAUAACACCCGACACAAUAGCUGGAUUUGGUAGGUUUCUCUGGAUUUUUCAGUCUCGGAUAAAGCAGUUAAUCAUCUGCAGAUUUUUCACACCUGCACCAAAACGACUUCAAAGACCUUGAGUCGAGUGGUGUUGGUACAGCGGGUGUACUUGUUUGGCGGCUUGUCGCGCUGUUGUCACCACGCUUUUUGGAAGCUUUAGAAAUUCAUCCUGAAGUUGCACAGGCGUCUUUGAUUGUUGGCCUGCUGCUUAUGUGCGGUGGCCCUAAGAGGACGCGUGUGUUUUCACGAUGGGAAACACUAGCUCAGCCAAAAAUCGCCACGCAUCGGGAGACGACACGGCGCCCACUCUGACUGCAACGGGCCGCUACGACUCAUCGGCCCCGUCGUUUAUGGCAGAACAAGAGAUGUAUCAAGAGCCUGCCAUAUAUAAGCGGGCACGAGCCAGCACUCUUACUCCUGGCACUCCUGUGACUCAACAGAUGACUCCUCGCCUGCUUCCUACUGUCUUCAAAUGGGAAGGGGGUGGCAAGGAGGUACUGCUUUCUGGCAGCUUUAAUGGCUGGAAAACCAAAAUCCCAUUGGUCAAGAGCCAUGGGGACUUCUACACUAUUGUAGACCUUCCAGAGGGGGAACACGAGUACAAGUUUCUUGUGGAUGGACAAUGGACCCUCGCACCUGGCGAGGUGAGGGGGAGCGGGGAGCCUACAACUCCCAAUGGCAUGGGAUCCCAAAACAACAAGAUUCUUGUCAAGAAAUCAGAUUUUGAAGUGUUUGAAGCAUUGGCUUUGGACAGUCGAGCCACAAACAAAUCCAAAAAGCAUCAGGAUGGGACAACCUACUCUAAUGAGUAUGGUCAAGACAUUCCACCUCGCCGCACAGAAGGCAAACAGCCAGGCCCGCCCUUCCUUCCUCCACAGCUGCUUCAGGUCAUCCUCAACAAGGACACGCCAGCUCAUUGUGAACCAUCUUUACUACCUGAGCCUAAUCAUGUGAUGCUCAACCAUCUGUAUGCUUUGUCUAUAAAGGAUGGUGUUAUGGUGCUGAGUGCAACACACCGCUUCAGGAAGAAAUAUGUCACAACACUGCUUUACAAACCUAUCUAGCCAGGGCUUGUAUGCUGGUCUACCUAAUAGUGGAUAUGUGCGUAUUUAUGCAUGUGAUGACUGAACAAAGUGGGAUCUACCGGUGUUAAUGCCUGUGCUGAUAGUGGACAAUAUCUACCUAAAUUUUUCCAUGCGCUGUAUAUAGCCAGACAGUAUGAAAGCCUCUACUAGAGGUAUUGAGGUGUUUGUGCUGACUGCAAACAGGAUGGGGUCUCAAGUCAACUAUCAGGCUGCAGCUGGGAUCAGCAGAUUUUGUGAUUCAAAGGCAAAAUGAGGAUGAAUAGAACCCCUUGACAGACGUGGCUAGCAGUAAAUGUAUCAGUUGAGAUGUGUGUCAUAGCCCUUACCCUGUCUUUUGUUCCAAGUCUGCAUGGAGAGAGUUGACUAUAAGCUGUUUAGUUCAUAUAGAUUUAUUGCAUGGAUUGCCACUCUAAAGGGUUACAUGUUGAGAUAUUUGUGGGGGGUUUUGUGAUAUUUUUGAAUGGUAACAUUUGUUUUUGUUUUACAACUGUUUGGGUGGUGGUCCACACUGCAUAAGGUAUCUGGACAGUGUUGUCCACUCAGCAUAAGGUAUCUGAAUGUAGUCAUUCAUACCAUGGAAGGCAUCAGUUUAUGUUGGCCCGAACUGCAUAAAGUAUCUGGAUGUGGUCAUUCAUACCAUGAAAGGCAUCUGUUUAUGUUGACUCGAUCAUCACAAGGUAUUUGACUACAGUGUUACAUGCUAAAGCUUGUACUGGCUGCACACACAUCAUCACUUGGGCCCCAUUUGAUAGCACUUGUCUGUGAUGUUAUGUACAUUAUUUUUCUGUGGUUGAAGAAGCUUUUUUCAAGAGCAUUAGGAAUAUUGCUUACUUUAUAAAUAAGUGCCUGCUGCUGGCAUCGGACGUGUGUACAUGCCAUCACACACUGGGCCAGUCUGCAUGGCUCUGGUGUUGCAUAACUGUGUAUUUGACUAAAGGUAAUGUCUAUAUGCAACAUCACACUAAAAAUAAAAACAUGAGGCUUCUUUUUAGUAUUGGUGAAAUUGCAUGAAAGAAAUGCUGACAGGUGACAUUAAAAAUUAGUGCAAUUGUUCCGCAGUGAUUUAAUUUAAAAUUACUGUUACUGCCUGUGUCAAAAUUCUUCUAAGGUAUUUCUUCUCUGACAUUGCUUACAUUGUGUAGAACAUUGUUGUGCUAGCAUUGUGUAAGGAAAGCUGGUUUAUCGAAGGCAACAUGGACGAAAAAAUACUUUAGAGAGCUACAGUGCAUGACUAUUGAAUGUAUGUCAAAUGCUGGAAAACUGUAAACUUUGUCUACAGGUUAUCUAGCUGCUAUACCCAAUGUUGGAAAAUUGCAAACCUUGUCUUGAGUUGACCUAGCUGUUACAUUUUAUACAUGUGAACACUGCCUGUUGUGCUAUAGUGGUCUCUCUUCCAUGCAGUCAAUCAAGAUCCACUGUGAUGCAGAAAUAACAGUUUUAUAGGAGACAUAAAGGUCUAGUUGAUCAUGCUGAUAUUGAGGAUUUGGUAUAUUGUGGUUUUCUUUUGCUUUUAAGAAUGAGCAUGCAUGUUUCUUACACCCAUAGAAGUGUAGACAGUGUUUCACAAGAACAGAACCAACCCCUGGAGUCCAGAUCACUGAGAAUUUAUGCAGCAUAUUUUUAAACAGAGAUGUUGGUGGGAUUCUCAAUUAUGUUCAAUGUAGAAUGCAUCUUGUGAUAAAAGCAUUCCUAAGCCUAAAGUGUUCUGUGCCAAUGAUGAGCCUUGUUGCAGCUUUGUGACAAAAAGCUAAGAGCGGUCAGCUAGUUGCCAAAUAUGCAGUUGAAAAAGAAUUUCCAAUUAACUUGAAAUACAACAGAAGCAAAGAGUAAUAUAGAAAGGUCAAAAAAUGAAUCUUGUCAAAAUUCUGCAGAAACUUGCCUGGUGCUAACUCUGUUUUAUUUUGUAGCAAAACUUUGUUUGCAGGGCACAAUGGUAUUUGAAAAAAAUUGGAAUAUUAUAACAGUUACUGACAACAAUAUAGUUCUAUAAAUGUUGUCAUCAGUGCUGCUGAUUACCUUUCUUCCUGCCCACUUCUUUCAUCGGCUGAUAAAGCACUGUGUGAGCCUGCCAGCAAGCCUUUGUCUACACUGGUCCCUUUGCUUGAAACAUUGCCCAUACUGCUCUGCCAGUCUGCCCCCUUAAUGCUUACCUCUUUAAAAUGACUUUCAACCAAUUUCUAGUGCAUUAAACUGUUUUUAUGGGAUCAGUUUGCUUUACAAGUUUUCUUAACUUAUCUAAAUGAUGACAGGGCAUUUACUUUAUUAUUGAUGAAAAUAAAUAUGCUGUUCAGUGACGAUGGGGAAUUCUUAGUACCAUACUGUUGAUCACAUAUUUUCAGGCAGUUGAAGUAGAUGUGAAAUAGUAUGUUUAACUGGCUUCUUCUUGUGGCGAUGGACAUUUCACUCUGUGUCAUAUGAUACAGGGGAUUCUUCUUUAACCACCUCACUAUGUGCCACCUGCCCCAACCCUUUUGGGCAAAUAUAGUACAUUCCCCUGUUUUUGGUAAUGAUUGUUACCAACUUGUGCGUGUCAACAGAUUUGUAUUUCCCUUUGCUGUUAGUCCUCAAAGAGAGGAAUCUAAGAUCAAACAGACUGAUCAUUUUAAAAAUCUAAAGAUGGUGUGUGGUGGGGGGGAAAUUUAGCACAUUUACAUUUUAGUUUGUACUGCAUGACCAUUUUCAAAGUAUUUUUAAAUAACCCUGCAGCAUUAAUGAAAAAGUAAUGACAAUGGAAAAAUACAGUUGAAUACUUCUUUGUGAUGUUGAUAUAAUGGUGGAACACUUGUAGUCUCAUGUAGCAUUUCUAUGGGUAUGCAUGAAUGUUUGCAGGCACUAAUAUUGGUAUAAACAGAUACACAUUAUUUAACCUCAGACAUAAUUGUAGACAAAUUCUUCUAUUUCUGUAUUAGUAUAAACAGACUUGGAUUAUUAACUUGCAGCUAGACUUUAUUGUUGACAAAUACUUAUGCUGCCUGUAUCGGUAUAAGCGGACAUGGAAUAUUUACUUCAGCUAGACAUUAUGUUAAUAAUUUCUUCUGUCAUCAGCUUAAAGGAUUUUUUUUAAUGUUUGCAACUCUGUCAGGUGAUAGUACCAACAACAAAAAAAAAAAAUUGUUUGCUACUGAGAUUGUGAGCCAAUAAACAGUUUGUCACUUUUCUCUGAAUUAGGGAUUGUAUCAGUUAUUUGCAGCCCUUUAACUAUUAGUGUGGAUGAAACGAGUGCAAUUUGCUUUUAAUUUCAGUAAAGACAGAGACAUAACACUUUUUGAUAAAUCAUUUCUGGUGUAUGUAGAGUAAAAGUGUGCCAUUAUGUAUAGUCCUAUUGUGGAAACUAUGUCCAAAUGUUCUGCCGUCAGAAUAGAAAUGACUUGUCUUCAUGUACGGUUUGUUCUGGUGUCAAGAGUUUGACACUUCACCUGGGUCAACGCAAGUCCGAAGUUUUAUUUUAAAUAUGAUAGUGCUUUUUUCUUGUCAUCAAAGAGAAAGAUUAGUUUAAGAACUGUUGCUUGAUUACUGGUAUGAAAUUGUUUGAGCAUAGUGCUUAGAUGGUGUGAAGUUUGCCUGAUAUGUCUAGAUGGUGUGGUGCAUGGUAAGCAUAUUGAAUGCUGGUAUGUCAGAGAGAAGAUGGACAGUGAGCAAGCCUGUUAAGUACAGUAAAACCUCUUCAUUAAGACCUUGUGUUGCAACCCCCCAUUUUGAUGUGGCUCCCCCAAAUAGCUUCUUGGUGUUUGCCCUAUGCUACAGCCUGAUGAAGAAUACCAGGAAGUAAAUUAAGUACGUUUUGAAAGCAACUGCUUGUUCAUCAGGUCAGAGGUCAUUUUCAUCCAAAGGCAUAUCGACCAUAUCAACUUUGUCAUGACCAUAUCAUCCUAUGUAAGACUGCAUUGUACCAACACAAUAGAUGCAGGUCUAGAAGAGGAAUUAAUCAUGGAUGACACAAGUAGCCAUAGGCUUCAAAUGUUAUGAAUAGAGGCAUGCAUUGUUUGAACAACUUCAGCUACCAUCUUAUUAAAAAAAUGGCUGCUUGGCAAUGCACAUUUAGAGAAUAAAUCUCACAAUUUCUGUCAACUUUGUCAUUCUUCUUAAGUUUGGAGGUUUGUAUGGAGACAUUUGGUUGACAUGAAUUCGGCAAAUGCAAGUGUGUUGUAUCGAUACAUCCCUGUUGAUUGAGUUAAGCAGGUAUUAUUGUUUGGGUAUUUAUUUAGCCUGGGUCUGGCUCAAGUGGAUGAAUUUGGUGUUGGGAUGUCAUUGUGAAGGUGAUUAGAUUCAGGUGGGAGGUUAAUAAGACUCCCAUUCAUUGUUGUCUCUUUGCUUACCACCGCAGAUUAGUGACUUGCCCUUCACUAACAACCUGUGGAAGAAGUAAUGUGCUUAUAAAAAUAAAGAUUCUUGUGACCAACUGUUGAAGCUCAAUUGUGACUUGUUUUGCAGUGCAUCUCAGUGUCUUGUUUCACAGAUCCAUAGUAGAAGGUCUCAUUCUAAACAAUGAUAAACCUGUGUACCGCAGGUUUGUGGAUUACCUGGUGGCUUGGUGCAGUGGAAAUGGUCUACAACUCAAUGUUUCUAAGACCAGGGAGAUGAUAGUUGAUUUUCACAGGAGCAGAGGUCCUGUGGUGCCUCACAUUAUUAACAGUGAAGCCAUGGAGCAGGCUCCAAAGGUGACUUGGAAAAGAACAGUUGAGAGCGAGGCAAAGGACAUCAGAACCACAUGGGCCCACCUGAAGAGGGCUGCCCAAAACCGGGUCCGCUGGCGAGGUGGUGUUGAGGCCCUAUGCUCCUCAAAAGAGCAACAAGGAAUAAACUAAUGGAGCAGGCUGACCAUUUUAGGUUUCUGGGAUCCACCAUCCUGAAACGAUCUCAGCUGGAAAGAAAAUGUGAUGUCGAUUAUCUAGAAAGCACAAAAACCUGUGCCAGAGAAAAAGUUUGGCUUUAUGGAUGGACAUUUAGUCCAGAUUUACUGGGUGGUGGUAAAAGUGUACUGAUACUCUCAAUAACCAUCCACAAGAUAAGUCUUAACUGGGUGGUGUGUACAACUAUUCGCUGUGACUUGGUUAUUACCCAGCUAAGUUUGUGCAGGGCACGCAAUAUUAUGGCUUGGCUGAUGCAUUUCACCUGCCUAAUGGCUUUUAAUGUUGCAUGCCUUCUAGGGGCAGGUAUUAACGUGCAUGCCUCCUGAGAAAGUUACUUUGCCAAAGCAGUAGCCUCCCUGAACUCCGAUGUGGCGUCAGGACUGAAAGUUGAAUGUAUCUCUUUGAAGUCUGUGCAGGAUAUAUGUGUGCGCUCAUGUAUCUGCAUGUGUAUGUGGAGGGAGUCGUUCUUUGGGAGUAGAUAUAAUAGUGUGAGUGGUUAGUAUUUGUUGACUAUGUGGCGGGCAUAAUCAAAGAUAAGUUCUUUGUUCCAUGUCACUUGGCAAAUGAAUUCUUCAUCUAAGAGAGCAUCUUUGCCUACUGGGGUGCAUGUCUAUUGAUCAGUUGCUUGUACCUGGAGAGUUAACCCAUAAAUCUUGAAAUGCAAUAGUUGCAGAAUCAGCAAGCAUGAUUGAGCUAAAGCAAAAAUGACAAAGCAGACAGUUUUAAGAGCUUUAGUUUAAACAUUUCAAUAAGUGAACGUAAAUUUUGAGAUGUUUGAAUUUGUGGUUCAUGGAAUGAAAGCUGACGUCUCUUCUGCUACCUGAUUUUACCGGAUGUAAGCAAGUCUGAAUAGGGAGGUUUUACUGUACUUUGUGGUAGAAUUAUUUAUCACUAAGGUCAGUAAGAUGAUGAAUGUCUGUACAUUGAAGCCUGGUUUAUGUCGGUAUAUUGUGUGGAGCUUUUUAGUAUGAAUGGGAUAAAGAUUGCUUAGCCAUGUCUUGAUGGCCUAUUAAUAAUUGUGUACAGCUAACCCAAAGCUCUUUUUUGUGAAGUCUGCAUACCCACACUUGGGAACCAUUCUGCACAAAUAUUAAAGCAAAAUUGGGGCAAGUUUUAACAACUUUCGACAUCUAUGCUACUUCACGGUUUCUUUCAUUUUGAGAGCAAUGUGGCAACUCAUGCUUGUUCAGUAAAUGUUUGUAAUCCUUCGACAAUCCACCCCACUUCAUCUACUCUGUUUCUUUGUAUGUGACAGCCCCCUUCCAUUUCACAGUAUUUGUGUAGGCAAACAUGACUGAGCAAGUCUCCAAUGUAUUUGUGUAGACAAAUAUUAACUGUGUAUCAUGGCUGCUAUGGCGUUUGUCAGGUACAACCACUAUCAACUUAUACACAGGAGCAUGCGAUAUUUCUCGUUUUCAUUUAGUGUUAUACUGAUGUUCUGAUGUGAAUAAUGUUUACUGCUGGAGUGCAACAUGCUGUGUAUGCAGACACAGGACAGACAAGUGCAGUGUGCUGUACAUGUGAAUAGAUCAAUUCUUGACUUGCAUGGUGAGCAUUUGGAUACUUUUCAGCCUUUUUUAAAAAAAAACAAGACUGGGGUUGAACAUUAUUAUUCUACAAAAUGGAUAUAUGUGGAUAUAUAGAUGGAAACAAUGUUCUGAGAGUUGGCCUUUGAAAACCAAUUGGGAAACAACAGUGUGAACUGUGUGUAACUGGAAUGAAAUCAUUAAAUUGUCUAGGACCAUGGCACACUAGUGCUAGAGGUCCAUCAGGCUUAUGAACAUGUUCAUUAAAAUCCAUACUGAAGGUCA